GUCAUUCCUUCUGCAGAGUGGGAAAAGUAGUUUUGGAAUUUUUCGUACAUCGAAAUGGAGGAGACAGAUAGUGUGGAAGAUAGUGUUUUUUCGAGUCACCUUACCAACAACGUCGAGGACUCUGCGAAAAGUUCACUAACAAUGCGUUCAAGAAACAGACCUAUUACAGGCUUCCACCGAGAGCCUCAAUAUUGUGGAGCAGUACACAGCGUAGGUUUUGCCGAAGAAGCAAAUCAUCGCUUUCGACCUACUAUGGAAGACGCCCAUGUUGUUGUGGAUGAGUUUGCUGGGAACAACAAGGAUGCUUUCUUUGGAGUCUAUGAUGGACACGGGGGACGUGCAGCCGUUGAGGUCAUAGAGAUGAUUUUGCACAAAUUUCUGGAAGAAGAAUUAGAGAAGACAAAAGGUGCAGAUCCAGCAGGUGCCUUGGCAAAAGCUUAUUUAAGAGCCGACAAAAUUCUCGAGGAAAAACAUUUUCUUUAUGUUGGCGCUACUGCAGUGACUUGUUAUAUCAAGUCUUAUCCAGAGAGAAGGGUUCUUUUUUGUGCAAAUGUAGGUGAUUCUAGAGCUGUCUUGAGUCGCAAUGGCAAGGCAACGAGACUUUCAUAUGAUCAUAAAGCUUCGGAUGCGUUGGAAGUGGAUAGAAUAACAAAGGAUGGUGGUUUUAUUAUUAUGAAGAGAGUGAAUGGCGUACUUUCCGUUUCUCGGGCUCUAGGCGACCACGCUAUGAAGUCGGUUGUCAUAGGGGAGCCUCACGUAACCUCCGAAACUUUAACUGCAGACGAUAAAUUUCUUAUUCUUGCAUGUGAUGGUUUAUGGGACGUUGUAGAGGAUCAGGAAGUUGUCAACUUUGUACAGCAUUUGCACGUAAACGGCUUAGAUGUCCAAAGUAUUAGUGAACGUCUUGUACGACUUGCCCUUGACAGAGGAAGUACAGACAAUAUCUCAGUUAUGGUGAUAGAUCUCUCCUAAUCUUUUCUCUUCUCUUUGCUCGUCGACAUUUGGCAUACAGACUUCACUAUUUUCAGUUUGUUUCUGUGCAAGGAUUUGGAAGCCAUUGGACUGUAAAUAAAGGAUUAGACGAAAUGUGUUUAUUCUUGGAAACAAUCCUUUUCCUCUUUAAAAGAAGGCAUCAGCUUGUACGUGAAUGAUAAGCUUUUUAAG